CGCCCGCCCGCUCUGCCGGCUCGGCACCAGGAGCCGGGCUGCGCUGGGCUCGUCCCGGGCCCCCGCCGGGUGCGGGCCAUGCCCCGUCCCCAGCCCCGCGCCGGAACCGCCGGAGGAGCCGCCGCCCGAGGGAAGAUGGAGCUAGUGAGGCCCCAGGUGAUGCUUCUGAGAGCUGGAAGAUGGAAGUUUGGUGUGAAGAGACCCCCAACUGCAGAACUUACCCCCAAGUGUAUGUAUGCAGGUUCCCAGAGACGUUGUCAGUUGCCCUGUGCUCACCCGCGUGAACUGGCAGAGGAUGGAGGUGACCGGCAGCAGCUUGGCGAAGGGUUUUCCUCUAGAAACUGGAGUGCAACAGCCGCGAAGAUGGAGAAUACAAAUGCCCUCAGCCUGAGCAGCCCUGCACCAGGGCCUGCCACAGCUGGAUCUGUAGCCUGAUAGCACCGGGCCUGUUUCCGGAGUGGGUGAGCGCCCGUCUCGGCCACAACCGGCUGCUCCUGUUAAGAUCUCUCAUGAAACUUAAUGCAAAGGUGCUCGCUCUUCCGUCCUGCAAACUACAGGUGCAGCCUUCUCUGCCCCCACAAGGAGAGCCCUGCCACAGGCAGCAGAGCCCCCCUCUCUGCUUGCUGAAGUGUCCCCAGGGUGGGAUGUGGGGAGAGCAGAGGGGGGGAUAAAUGGUCUUUUGACCCCUGGCUCCCAAGGAACUGCAGCCACCAGUCUUCCUGCUCCGGCAUUGCUGCAGCCACCAGCCCAGCCACGGAGCAGUGCAGCCCUGGGUCGCUGGCGAAUGGGGCACGCGAGCGCUGAUGGGAAAGCACUAGUCGUCUGGCCACACGGAGUCUCUGAGAGGGCCCAGGCUGUAGCUUCUUCCAGGCAGAAAGCUUGACUGUUCUCGCCUUGCUCAGCCCGAUGCCAGGAGCCGAGGACGCUAGUCACUUGUUGCUGUCAGCAGCAUGCCUGGGGCCUGGGCAGACGUAACUCCUAGCCCACAGGCACCCUGAGGAGCCUGACUGUCUGCAGCGAGGUUUCGGCGGGGAUGGGGAAGCUGCCCCAUCCGGGCUGGUGAGCCCCACAGUGGUGGUGUCAGGCCCCUUCCUGCUCCCCAAAGGAUGUCAGCGUCCUCUCUGAAAGCAACUCUCCAUGCAGCCUCCUGGUGCACAGUGGUGAUGGCGCUGCCAGGCUUCUCAUGGACCGUACUUCUGCUACUCUGCACCCUGGAGCAGCUGGGGGCCCUGGCCAUGCACACGGAGGCCGGGUUGCCGGGCCUGGAGCAGCCGGGGGCCCUGGCUAUGUACACGGAGGCCAGGGGGCCGGGCCUGGAGCAGUCAGGGGACAGCAUGCUGCUGGCAGGUGGACGUGUGAAGCGUGGCUGGGUGUGGAACCAGUUCUUUGUGGUUGAGGAGUACACGGGCACGGAGCCGCUGUACGUGGGAAAGAUCCACUCGGACUCAGAUGAGGGGGACGGGUCCAUCAAGUACACCAUCUCCGGGGAGGGCGCAGGAUCCAUCUUCCUCAUUGAUGAGGUCACAGGCGACAUCCAUGCCACCGAGCGCCUGGACCGGGAGCAGAAGACGUUCUACACGCUGCGGGCACAGGCCCGGGACCGCCAGACCAACCAGCUGCUGGAGCCUGAGUCUGAGUUCAUCAUCAAGGUGCAGGACAUCAACGACAGCGAGCCCCGUUUCCUGGAGGGACCCUACAUUGGCAGUGUGGCCGAGCUGUCCCCCAUAGGCACGUCCGUGAUGCAGGUGAUGGCCUCAGAUGCCGAUGACCCCACGUACGGCAGCAGUGCCAGGGUGGUGUACAGUGUGCUGGAAGGAGAGCAGCACUUCACAGUGGACAGUAAAACAGGUGUGAUCCGGACGGCAGUGGCCAAUCUGGACAGAGAAACUCAGGACCGGUAUGAAGUGGUGAUCCGAGCCACGGACAUGGCAGGGCAGCUGGGUGGCCUGUCUGGAUCCACCACGGUCACAAUUGUGAUCACAGAUGUCAACGACAACCCUCCACGAUUCCCACAGAAGAUGUACCAGUUCAGCGUUGUGGAGACUGCCCUUGUGGGCACUGCGAUCGGGAGAGUGAAGGCGGAGGACUCGGAUGUGGGGGAGAACACAGACAUGACAUACCAGAUCAAAGAUGAGGAGGGGGUGCAGAUGUUUAAAGUCACCACAGACAGCAACACCCAGGAGGCGAUCAUCACCGUGCAGAAGCCCCUUGACUACGAGGCCAAGAUGGUUCACACUGUGGUGGUGGAGGCUCUGAACAAGUUUGUGGACCCAAGGUUUGUGGAUCUGGGCACGUUCAGAGACCAAACCAUUGUGCGGGUCUCUGUGCUGGACGUGGAUGAGCCCCCGGAGUUCCGGCCCCCCUCCGACCUGAUAGAAGUCCAGGAGGAUGCCUAUGUUGGCUCUGUGGUGGGAGUGGUCACCGCCCUGGACCCCGAUGCUGCAAACAACCCUGUCCGAUACGCCAUCGAUCGCGACACUGACCUGGAGAGGAUCUUUGACAUUGAUGCAAACACAGGCGCCAUUGUGACAGGCAAAGUCCUGGAUCGGGAGACAGCAGGGUGGCACAACAUCACGGUCCUGGCAAUGGAAGCAGAUUGCGAGGAACUUGAAGCAGGAACUCUCCACGGAUUGAUAUGGGGCCCUGAUCCCGACUGGGACUUUGAGCGCUACUGCGCUAUAAAUGAACCACCAGACAUGUUCACCUGUGGGAUUCCCGGAGCGCUCUGUGUGGCUGGGGCCACACCUCGGUUACCAUUCUUCACAAACGACAAUCAUUCCCAGGUGUCUAGAGCAUCUCUGCGUAUCCGAAUCCUGGAUGUGAACGACAACCCACCCGAGCUGGCCACGCCAUACGAGGCUGCGGUAUGUGAAGAUGCCAAGCCCGGCCAGCUAAUUCAGACAAUAAGUGUCGUGGAUCGUGAUGAGCCUCAGAGUGGCCAUCGCUUCUACUUCACACUGGCCCCGGAAGCCACUGACAACCACCACUUUUCUCUGCUGGAUAUCCAGGACAACACGGCCGCGGUGCACACGCGGAGAGUGGGCUUUAACCGCCAGGAGCAGGACAUUUACUUCCUUCCCAUUCUGGUGGUGGACAGUGGGCCUCCCGCCCUGAGCAGCACGGGGACUCUGACCAUCCGGGUGUGUGGUUGUGACAGCACAGGGGCCAUCCAGUCCUGUAACAGCACAGCCUACGUCAUGUCUGCAACGCUGAGCCCCGGCGCUCUCAUCGCACUCUUGGUUUGCAUCCUCAUCCUGAUCGUGCUGGUUCUCCUAAUCCUCACUCUGAAGCGACACCACAAAAGCCAUCUGACGUCAGAGGAGGAUGAGGACAUGAGGGACAAUGUCAUCAAGUACAACGAUGAGGGAGGUGGGGAGCAGGACACCGAGGCCUACGACAUGUCAGCCCUCCGCAGCCUCUAUGACUUCAGUGAGCUCAAAGGCAGCGACGGCGGGGGAGGGCCGGGAGACGGGGGCAUGAUUAGUAACUUGCCCUCCGAGCUCCAUGCCCUCCCACAGUGGUUCCAGAACCCAGACCUGGACUUCUCCAUGUUCAGAGACUACAUCAGCAGGAAGGUGGAUCAGGCGGACGAGGAUCUGUCUGUCCCACCAUACGACUCGUUCCAAACCUACGCCUUCGAGGGCUCAGACUCCCCUGUCCCGUCCUUGAGCUCCAUCAACACCUGGUCCACCAGCUCAGAGCAGGACUUCUCCUAUCUGAGCAGCUGGGGGCCGCGCUUCCGGCAGCUGGCGGCUCUCUAUGCCGGGCAUAAAGGUGAGGAGGAGAGCGAAGAAUCCUAGCCACAAUUAACCAAAAACCCACAACGAGACGGAGAGAAUGAUUUCCGAACUUGGGGAUUCUCCAGGCUUCCCAUGUCUUCGAGGGCUGCUGUGGAAGCAAGCUCAGGUCAAACAAUAAGGACAAUAUGUCAUCCAGAUAGCAGAGUCCCUCCACUACGCACCCUGGCAUGGAAGGAGAGACAUCAAGGACCAUUUUGGACAGGGCGAGUGAUGGCUUUAUGAUGUGCUCUUCGUUAGCCGCCUCUUAUUAGAGGCUCUGUAGCACACACAUAGCGAGGCUGAAGUGCCCAAAGGAGCUGUUGUUACCAUCCUAAUCGCUUUCAUAGCAAUCUCCAUUAAAGCACUCCAUGUUAAUUUAAGAAAGACACAAUCUAAUUCAAGAAAAUUCGGAUGGGAUUUCCCCCCCACAAAUUAUCAUUUAAAUCGAUCUGUUCAAUGAGCCCGGUUAAGGAGAGGAAGAAAGAAAGAGGAGCCUUUUGUUGUCUAAAUUGUUUUUGUCACUUGAUUCAGAGCAUUUGAUGUGCUUUGAUUUUUUUAAGAGCUUUCCUUGCAGAGUGAAACAAGCUUUUAACUUUUGUUCUGUUUUUCUCCCCCUUAUAUUUACUGAUUUUUCUAAGUCUCUUUCUUCUUUCCUUGUAUUUCAGUUCCUCUAGUUGUGGCGAGCUGGUGUUUCUGUGCAGGAUCCCAGCUGCUUACAAUCAGUGGAGCAGUUUACCUUUGCUGCGUUUUGGAGGUCCUGGGUGCUAGUUCCUAGGUCAGGUCCUUUAAAGAGAGGUUUUUACACUAGGGUCAAACAUACUUUGCUUCCGAACUGGGGUUGGGUUUCACCUCAUGGUUUUUAUUAGAAUUUUCCUGUCCAUUUUUGCCAUGUAUCACAGAUAUUUAUGUUUAUGCCAACAUCUACCCCUCCUGCUUAAUCCACAGGGAAGUCAUUGUUCUGAGGUUCUGGCAUCCCAAUGAUCCCCAUGGCAACAAACUGUGAUAUCACUAAUACGGGAUUAUGACUAUGUGGCUGGACUGUGGGCAGUGAUGCUGAAAUGUGAAGGAGGAAGCUCUCUGAGCCCAUGUCGUAGAGGUAACAGUAGAGGGAAUGCAGCGCAUCCCUAAAGGACAGCGCUUUCUGUGGGAAGUUCUCAGCCAGCCCCAGGGCCUGAGGUCUCAGGUUCGUAUGGGUUGCAGUGUUCGCUCUCACAGGCACAGCACUUCAGCCAGCCUGCUGCAGCCUCCCCAAACGAGGUAGCCUGGAUGGCUGAGAAGUGAGUGAGCCUCUUUGGCCUAUUCAGUUCUUGAGCCACAUUCUGCAACCAACCAGAGUGGCAAGUAGUGCCAGCUGCGUUUGUGGGUGUGAGGGGGAUGCGCUUUCCAACAGGCACAGGCCUGACAACACGAACAACUCACUUCACCUCAGCCACUGAAUAUCGGUCAGUCGAUCACAGCCUUCGAUGACAAGUCCACCCCAGCUCUGGGAGCAGGCCUUGUGGAGGUGCCAGACACCACGCGCCAUCAGCAGAGCCAAGCCAUGCAAUCCCCCAAACCCAACAUAUUUAUUUAUUUAUUUAUUUAUUUUUGCAAGUUUGCCCUAGAGUGAAAGUCCCUUCAGGUUUCCACAGAAACUGCUGGCAGAAGAGUUCUGUUUAUAUUUCAGGGCGAGCAGGGGGCUCUUGGAAAAAUUACCAGAGAGUGUGAGCCAUCGGUCCCCCAAAGGGGUGGUCAAAUACAAGCACAAUGUAGUACCAGGAAACAUAGUACGGUUAAUUCGGAGCUGCCCGGCAAAGAGCAGUGCUGGAGGGUGAGAACUGGGGUCAAUGAGGUGGGAAAGCACAGGCUGCCUGAAUGCCGCGGUCCACAAAAUGGCAUUUGAGGGACAUGCUGAGGAUCGCAGGGACAUCUUCAGAUCAGUGAAAUCCCAGCUAACGUUUUGGAGUCCUGUUCAGCAGGGCACACGAGCAGCUUCUUGUGUAGCUCGGCUACAGCAGCUUAUCUGCUGAUAUGGGAAAAAUCAAUGUCGUAAUUGAUACAUAACUGAUAAGGGGCUUGUCAUAGUCAUUGGGUUUGUCCCCUUAGCCUAGCCACAGUCAGUGUUUUCUAUCCCAGUUGCCAAUUCCUUGGAGACUGUGUUUGAAUAUAAAUGUACGUGCAUGUUCAUUUUAUAUUGUGGUCUGUUUUCCAGCAGUUUGUAUUGCCCUGAGCUGCAGAGAAAGCCCCAUGGUGUUGUAUGGAGGGGGCUAGAAGGACAUGUUAGAAACAUAACAGUCUCUGCCUGUUGUUCCUGCGACAACAGGUUCCCCCUCCCCUGCUGCAGCCACUCAAGGCUCACAUGCUGUUGAGCAUCUGAGUCCCCAACUCAGGUGUUUUUUGGGAAACUCUCCCAAGCCAGCCAGAAUUCAGCAUUUAAACUUUGAACAAGCAGAGUUGCUCAUCUCUCUGGGUCUCAGUAUGGCUGCAAAGGCUGGGGGAGCUGCCCCUAUCUUGGGAUCUGUGCAAGUCUCUCAUGUCCGGGAUGCCACACGUUGUCUGUUAGUCCUUUACUGUGAUUUUUCCCCACUGAUUUUAGAGAAGCAGCCAGAUAAAUAGCCUAUUUCGUUUACCAGGCAGUCAGACAGGCUUUACUCGGGUAGCUGUUCCUCCCACUCCCAAAGCAUUGUCUUUGAGCAUGCUCAGUCACUCCUAGACAAUGCCACCAAUUCAGGAGUAAGAGAAUGGAGAAAGGCCUCUCUUUCCUCAGGAACUUUUUUGUGUUUUCCCUCUGGGACAAUGAACCACUCUGCCCAAUCCCCUGCUGAACUGGCCUUUGCUUUAGGAAGGGCCUCAUGCAAUUGCCAGGGAUUGUCUAGCGGAGGAUGCAGUCUUACAGGGUAUGUAUUCUGAAUUACCAAACUGGCUUCCAAUUGUGCAUCCUGCACCAGCCAACCCCUCCCCAAAACACAAAACCUCUUCUGCAUUUUUAUUUUUAAUUCCAUCUGUAAAUGCAAUGGUCUGGAGCAGCCCAGCUCAGCUCCUGUCUGGGGUCGGGCUGCAGAGGUGCCCAGGCAACACUGCUGGCUUCACUCCCACACCACACUGUGCUCAUGAGCACCCCCUACAGGAAGGAGCUGGCAGACUCUUUGGGUGUUUGAUGGCGUCACUUUGCUUUUUUCCCUCUAUCCAAACAAAAUCAGGAGGUUGAUUUUCUCAUCCUUGUUAUUUUGUCAAGGUCUUUUUAGGACCUGGAAAUAAAUUAUUUCCUUGUCAUCUA